AUGAAUAGUACUCAUAACAAUUUUGACAACUCCCUGUUACGACAUUACUCUUUACUAUCAUCUUCUCUUUUGAUUGAAGAAGAUUCCUUGAUUGAAUCAUUACCGUCCCUGUACUUUAAUGAAGAUGAUAAGAAGGAAGACACGGAGGGAGAUGACACUGAAGAAGACGAUGAUGAUUACACCACUGUAAAAGAGCAAAAAGCGCCACCUGCCGGCUAUACAAAUAUGACAUUUUGCUUUAUCAAAAAAGCAGCAGCAGCAGCAGCAGCAGCAGCAGCAGCAGCAUCAGCACCCCUUUUCCCUUCUUCUUCCUCUUCUUCUCAAUCAAUAACACCUCUACCUAUACAAACUUAUUCACCGCAAUUGAACCUGAGUUUAUACUCACCAUCACCUUCAGUUGCUUCCUCAAUAAGAAGCACCAAAAAAAGUCGCAGCAGUACUAGCAAUAGCCAUCCUAGUUACUCUUUAGCAUCUACUGCUGCUGCACCACCUUCCACUAUCAAAUCCUCCUGUGCUUCUGCUUCUGCUGCUUUUGCGUCCUCUGCUGCAGCUCGAAAUCCAACUUUAACCUCAUUUAACAACAUCAAAAGACAAACACCUCUUUAUUCCACUGCUACUCUUUCUUCUUCUUCAAAAAUUACUUCUACCAUCAAGAUGGACAUACGCUCUCCACCCCAGCCGUCGCAAUCCACAUCUCGUUUAAUGAAUGCCUUUCAUCGAUUUCGUAAUUCUGCUUCCUCCUCUGCUAGUGCCAUCAGCCAAAAGAAUGCAUCUUAUCACCAUCAUCAUCAGAAUACAACAAAUAGUGUAGCACCUGCAGAAAUUGUAUCUACCAUGAAGCCAUCUCCCUCCAAAAGCUCGCUGGCCGACAAAAUCAAGAGUAAGUUCCAUCAGCAAUUAGAUAAGAAAAAGAACAGAGCCAGCCUGGUCGAGCUAUCUACCAAAAAGAGAGCCCUUUCCAAUUUUACCAUGUCUCGCUCUGCAUCCCUCUCAUCCAUGACGAAUUGGUCAUCCCGUUUAAACGGUGGCAAUAGCAACAAAUCAACGCCUCUAAAGAAGGGUAUCAAUGCACACAAUGACGAGCUGAAAUUAUCUCAUUCUGCAUCAGUCUCUUCGCGUCUAUCGAUAUCUUCAUCCCUUUCCUCUUCCUCCUCCAGCUGCUCCUCCUCCUCCUCCUCGCCUUCGCACUCCUUGAACUACUUAUCUCAACGCAGCUCUAGAAAUACAUCGUUAUGUAUGCCGUCUCAAAUCGCCACUAGUACGCCAGCAACAUCGUCAUCUGCAUUUUCAUUGACCAAGUCCAUUUCUUCUCACCGUCUCUAUAACAAAUCCAGCAGUGAAGCAAGCAGUAGUAAUAGCGAUGCUGGCAGUAGUAGUAGACACAGCCACCAAGCAGUAACCAGACCAAGACAGCCGCUACGGGCUGUAAAUCCCAACGAUUCCGUGCGAUUUGUUAUGCGACAAUCUUCUCCCAUGUCUGCCAGUAGCAACGAUAGAAAGAGUUCCUUAAAACAACAGCAGUAUCAGAAAACGGUUGUUCGAUUUUCCAAACUGGUGUCUGUCAGAGAGACUUAUUCAAAGACUGAUUACGAUCGAGGCUCUAAUCCUGAUGCUGUGUGCACACGACUGACUCCUGUUAUGGCACAACAAAUCAAAGAAGAGCUAAAUGCCUACAAGUUGCAUGAAAUGCAGGUUCAUGAGUAUAGCAGAGUACACACUCACUUCUUUAUUUAA